AAUUGAAGUAAUUUGUUCUCUAUUUCUUCUUCUAUCAGUUCAAAACUUCUUGCAAUUAAUUACGAACUUUGUUGUUAACAAUGGCGAAGUUCUCCACAGCCGCCGUCGCAGUGUUUGUUGUUGUGGUGCUUGCUAUUUCGGGAAUGACCCCAACGAUGGCGAGGGUUUUGACUUCCGAAAGUGAGAGCCAAAUGGCAAGGAGGCAGCUGGGGCCCCUCUUUGGCGGCCUCUUGGGCAACUUCUUCAACAUCAAUGUUCCCAAUAUUCGAGCUGGGGCUACUGCUGGCGCUAAUGCUGGCGGAACAGCCUCAGGCACCGCUAGCGCUAAUGCUGGCGCCAACGCUAAUGCUGGCGCUGGCGGCACCUUUAAUGCUAAUGCCGGUGCUGGUGGCGUUGGCAUUAAUGCUCAGAUCGGCGCUAACGCUGGCGCUGGCCUUAAUGCUGGCGCUACGGUCACAGGUACCGCUACGGGUAACGCCGGGGUUAAUGCCGGUGCCAACUUCAGUUUGGGCUAAAAGGCUGACGGCUGGUGUUUCUAGGGUGGCGCUGAAGUAGUAGUACUACGUGCUACAAUUGCUUUCAAAAAGGGUUCGAUAAAGGAGUGUGAAGAAGCCUUGAUUCCCAUAAGUCUUUGUUUGUGUCUGCAUUAGUGUUAAUGAGGGAGAGAGUACUGGAUUUCAGUUCGGUGCAAUAUCUCGCGUCCCGUGUGCAACCAGUUUCUUUUUUCUUUUUUUUUUUCCCAUAUAUGUGUCUAUUCUCUCUGUCAAAC